CGUCGUCCCAUCUGCAGAUUGAACAGUCAUGGCGUCACGCAAGAAAGUUCUGCUCAAGAUCAUCAUAUUGGGCGACUCCGGCGUCGGCAAGACGAGCUUGAUGGGUCAGUUCGUCAACAAACGCUUCAGCAACCAGUACAAAGCGACUAUCGGUGCAGACUUCCUGACGAAGGAGGUCAUGAUUGAUGACCGGCUCGUGACGAUGCAACUGUGGGAUACAGCGGGUCAGGAACGAUUCCAAUCGCUCGGCGUCGCAUUCUAUCGAGGCGCAGACUGCUGCGUCCUCGUCUACGACGUCAACUCCGCAAAGUCAUUCGAGACGCUAGACUCUUGGAGAGACGAAUUCUUGAUUCAGGCUUCACCAAGAGAUCCCGAUCAUUUCCCCUUCAUCGUGCUUGGCAACAAGAUUGACAUGGAAGACUCGAAACGAGUCGUAUCUCAGAAGAAAGCGAUGACCUGGUGUCAAGCCAAGGGCGGCAUUCCAUACUUCGAGACAAGCGCCAAGGAGGCCAUCAAUGUCGAGCAGGCGUUCCAAGCGGCCUGCAAGGGCGCACUGGCCGCCGAGAGCGAAGUCGACAUGUUUGCAGACUAUCCAGAUCCGAUUCAGAUCAACUCGACCAACGACCAAUACUCUGGCUCGAAGCAGCUUUCGGUGCUCGUCGAGAUUGCAAAGGCCCAUGUUGGCAUUGGCUGGACAGCAGUCGGCCAGCAUCAGCCCGUUCAGGAUCAUCAACCGAACUGCACGGUCCGCAUCAGCAAGACAUUGAGAGAAGAGCAAGCCAGUCUCGUCCCUGGCUGGACAGCCAGACCGUCAACGGGCAGCUCUCGAACCUUGAGCAUCGGCGGGCGCACACUGGCAGUGAGCAGACUGUGCCCACUGUCUGAACACACGGCGAUGGAGACCGAUGCGAUGCUCUGCGGUGGCAGCCAUGCAGCGCUCUCAGGAACCAACAUCAGACGAAGGGCCAGUCUCGAGAUACUCACGCCCAUCCGGUCAAGCAUAGGAUGUGCGGCCAGCAAGGUCGAGGAGGAUACACGAUCGGCCAAAAGAGCUCGACAUGCUACCACGUCGCUCACCUUGCCGAGCGAGGCUUUUGAUGCCGCCGCUUUCGAGUUCUUCAGACUAGAAGAAGCUGCACGAUCCUCACCUGGCGUCUGGACACCUUCUGGCUACACCGGAUUGUCGACACAGCCCAGCUCGCCGUUGGUUCACUCCAUCGGGAGGCCAAACAUGUCUGUCAAUAAGAUCGCGCAGGGAACCAAUCUACGCGAGCCUGUUGAUCCACCCACGCGCACACAGUCGUCAUCAUCCGAGUCCACAGCUUCCUCACGCUCAGAUUCAGCGCCUGGAUCCGCUCGAUCUGAUUCAUCUGUACCCACAUCCAUCAGCUCAGCCUCGCCCGCCCUCUCUUCUGACAAGCUUGCGAUCGCUUUGACAAGCAAAAGCGAGCCUGCGCAGGCUUACACCCACCAAUCGACAGAGUCAUAUCAGCAGGAAGAUGUCAGCGUGCCUGCCAACCUUCUUUUGCUCAAGGACAGCAUCGCGUUCGAUGACCUCGAUCAGGACUAUUGGAAUCGUUUUUACGACAAUGAAGACAGGCGGACUGCAGACAGACCUGUCGAUCAGACAACGGACAAGACUGAGCCUCCCGCACCCGCCGCAAACGCGCAUUCGCUCUACGAGAGCCUGGCAAGAUACCAAAGUGAACUGCAAGCACGCGUACCUGCCGCGACGCAACAAUGGCGCCAACAGCAAGUCUAUACACACAGUCGCCGGAACUCGCUGUCGGGUUCACAAGGACAGUCGCCGUCAGGCGAUCAGAAACCUGUCGUCUACGUUCAGAAAUCAGCCACGCCCGUCGUGCCUCAGCCUGCAACAAUACAAGCGAUGCAGACGUCGAGCAACGAACUCAAAUUAACUCCUCGCAAGAGCGCUUUGGGCCCCGUCACUAAAGCCAGAACGUAUCGCAAACAGACAUCCAAAGAUCUCGCUGUCGAGCCUUGCUCCAGUGUAUCAGACGAGCAGAUGCUCGAAGAGAUGCCAACCUUGCCGGACGAUGCCGACGAGGAGACCCGUCGCAAACAUUUCCUCGAGCGCAAUCGCAUCGCUGCGCUGCGCUCAAGACAGAAGAAGAAGGAAUUUAUAGGCGAUCUCGGCAAAAGGGCGGAUCAUCUCGCGAAACACAACGAUGCACUUCGCAAUCUCGUCGGAGAGCUCUUUAAGGAAUGCCAAGAGCUCAAAGCGCUUUACAACGAGCAUACCGAUUGCAUCAAAAGCCGCCAAGUUUAGUGGUUUGUAGCACGAAGAAAUCCGCAUUGUAGUCAGAACGCAUUGUAGAUCAGUACAACAGACAAUGAAAAAAGAAAGGUUGUAACAGCUAGGAAGCCGCACACAUACACACACGAAUGCAUACCGCCUGCUGAUGCGAUGAUGCGCGUUUCGGUCAUGUCACUUGCAGCACUGAGAUCGAACUGAUUCUGCGAUGGGCCACCGAUGACCCAUGGUGAGCAUGAUCUGACUGAGAUCCUCGAUGACGCGCUCGCGACCGUCUUG